CGCCGCCCGCCCCAAAUGAGCGGAGCCCCCGGCGGGCCCCGGCCGAGGACCCCGCCGAGCCGCGGAGCCGCGGGCGCCCCGUCGCCCCGGCCGCCCCCCGCCGACCCGCUGCGCCAGGCCAGCCGGCUGCCCAUCCGCGUCCUGAAGAUGCUCAGCGCCCACAGCGGCCACCUCCUGCACCCCGAGUACCUCCAGCCGCUCUCCUCCACGCCCGUCAGCCCCAUCGAGCUGGACGCCAAGAAGAGCCCGCUGGCGCUGCUGGCCCAGACCUGCUCGCAGAUCGGCAAACCCGACCCGCCGCCCUCCUCCAAGCUCAACGCCGUGGCCGCCGCCGGGCUGCCCGCCGCCGACAAGGAGCCCUCCGCCCGCCCCGCCGCCCUCAAGCCGCCGGGGGGGGACGCGCCCCCCGAGGACAAAUCCAGCUUCAAGCCCUACUCCAAGGGCGGCGCGGAGCCGCGCAAGGAGGGCGGCGCGGACAAGGCCGGCUUUCGGGUGCCCAGCGCCGCCUGCCCGCCGUUCCCCCCGCACGCCGCCGCCGCCGCCGCCUCGCCCGGGGGCUCCCGCGGCGCCUCCCCGCAGCACGCCGAGCCCAAGGGCGCCGAGGAGAAGAAGGAGCCCGAGGCGGCCAAACCCAGCCCCGACGGGGCGGGCGGCGCGCUGGGGCGCGGAGCGGCCGAGCCCGGGGCGCACGGGGAGCCCCCCUCGGGCCGCAAGUCGGAGCCGCCCGCCCUGCCGCCCGCCGGCCAUGUGGCCCCCGUGUCCCCCUACAAGCCCGGCCACUCCGUCUUCCCCCUGCCGCCCUCCAGCAUCGGCUACCACGGCUCCAUCGUGGGCGCCUACGCCGGUUACCCCUCCCAGUUCGUGCCCGGGCUGGACCCCACCAAGCCGGGGCUGGUGGGCGGCCAGCUGCCGGGCGCCCUGGGGCUGCCGGGGAAGCCGCCCAGCUCCAGCCCGCUCACCGGGGCCUCGCCGCCCUCCUUCAUGCAGGGAUUAUGCCGGGACCCGUACUGCCUGAGCUACCACAGCGCCUCGCACCUGGGCUCCAGCAACUGCUCCAGCUGCGUGCACGACCCCGGCAGCCUGAAGAGCGGAUACCCCUUGGUGUACCCCACGCACCCCCUGCACUCGGUGCACACCACGCUCUCCUCCAGCGGCACCCCCAGCCUGCCCGGCCACCCCCUCUACACCUACGGCUUCAUGCUGCAGAACGACCCCCUGCCCCACAUAUGCAACUGGGUGUCUGCCAGCGGACCCUGCGACAAGAGGUUUGCCACCUCGGAGGAGCUGCUCACCCACCUACGGACCCACACGGCCCUGCCGGGGGCGGAGAAACUCUUGGCGGGUUACCCUACCUCCGGGCUGGGCUCCGCGGCCUCCUGCCACCUCCACCUCCCGCCCGCCGCCCCCGGGAGCCCCAACACGUUACCGGCCUCCCUGUCCUUGAGGAGCCCACACACUUUGGGACUAAACAGGUACCACCCCUACGGCAAGAGCCAUUUGCCCACAGCCGGCGCCCUGCCGGUGCCGUCCUUGCCGGCCGCCGGACCUUACUACUCCCCGUACGCGCUCUACGGCCAAAGACUAACUUCAGCUUCUGCACUCGGAUACCAGUAACUACAGCAGCCCCUUCCCCUCCUCCGGUCUCCUCCUUGCCCGAGCUCCCCGCUCCCUCCUUGGACUGUGUAUUUAUUUACUGUAUGUUAGCUUAAAGCUGGGAAUAUAAGUGCAUUAAUCCACCAAUGAAUCAAUGGUAUGCAAAAAGUCUGUGUCCAAAAAAAAAAAAAGAAAAAAAAAGAAAAAAAAAAUUCUUUACUUUGCAGGUGUGGGGCUUUUAUUUUUCCCUUCUGUUUCUUUUGAUUUUUUUUUCUUCCCCUUCUUAAUUUCCCCCCUGAGAAAUUCUUGCAUGACUCCUGACACACAAGGAAAAAAAAAAAAAGAACGUUUCUUCCUCCUCCCCCUCCUCGUUUAUCGUUCUGGGAUUCAGUUUCCAUUUGUAAAGUUAACAGAUGUAAUUUUUUUUUUUUAAUUUUUAAUUUUUGAUUUUUUUUUUUUUGUUUUUGUUUUUUUUUUUGCGAUGUGUUUUGGGGACGGGGGUGGCCGCGGGUGGAAGGACGGGAGCGGGCCCGGCCGUGCCGCCCCUCGCCCAGCAGCGGCACCCCCGGGCAGCGCCCGGCCACCCCCCCCCCGGCACCGGCACCGGCACCGGCACCGGGCCCGGGCCCCCCCCCCCGAGGACGGAGCAGCGACGGGCGCGGGGCCGCCCCCAGCCCCAGCCCCGCCGCGGGAGGGCUGCGAGCAUUUCGGGUGCCUAGAGCUCCGGCUUGCAGUUGCUGAGGCCGCAGUGUGUGUGGAAGGAGUCAGGACACUUCGCGACUGUGUGCUAUUUCAGCGGAAAACAUGCAGGAUUUCGGUGCGAGCGGCCGAGGGGGGGCUCCGGCUGAAAGGCACGGUGCGCUCCCGCUUUGCCCCGGCCGUGGAAGGCAGCUGAACAAAGGCAACAUUAUACCUUGUGCCGGGGAAGGAAUGACUUGGACGCACAUGCAAAACAGCCCGGCCGUGCUGCGCGCCGUAUAAAUAUCCCCGUUUGUAAAGCCCGAAGCCCAUCUGACCACAAACGAUCUGUCCACCCAAUAAAUAUGCGAGCGAAAGAGCAAGGCCGUA